UCGUUUGGCCUUUAUUAUCGACAUUCCUUACAUAUCGGUCAGCACGCAGUGAGAUCUUUUUAUAUUAAAAGAAAGGUAUGUUGAACUUUUUCUUAGUAAAAUGAUACGGCGCAGUCCGACGAGAAUCGAUUUACGACUAGACGAUCUGCAAGAGUACGAGACAAUGAGGAAAGCUCUUGAAGCUAAGAAAGAAUCUGAAAGACCACCAACAUUUAAUCCUCCCUCAUGGGGUGGUAAAGUGCCGCAAAGUGAAAUCCAAGAACGUAUUGGUUAUACAUCGCAACAAAAUCAAGCUACUCAUUCUCGACCAAAUAUAUAGCUUCCUAUUUAAUAUACAUAUAUAUUUUACAUUACGUUACUUUUGAUAUUCGUUGUGAUAU